UGUUGAACCUGUAAAUUGAUUGAUAGUUUUGUUGCUCUGAACGUGUGCCGCCUGUGCGUGAAUAUUAACAAACCACACACACAAACACUUGUUACUUGCAUGUCCUAAUAAAGUCCUGGAAUCCAAAGGCUGUGGAUAAGACUUCAUUUCAAGUCUCCAGUACCUUCUGACAGAGGAUAGGAAUAUCCAGCUCGCCCACUCAAGGUUCUUGAAAUGAAGCAAGAUCUCCACCUGUUGGACAUUUACUACAGGGAAUCAAACCUAUGUGACCAAGGAUCUUCUGGUCACAAGCCUGCCUCUCAACCUAAUGACCACUGUUAGUUUGGAAAUCCACUUUGGCUGACCUGGUAGAACCUCGGUCUCAAGUACGAGCGAUCUGGUGUUCAAACCCCACUGUGACCAUGGCCACAAAGAUAAGUCAUGCGCUUAUGGUCAUAAUACCCAAUGCCAGCCACUGCUAUUGCCCGGACCUUGGAGAAAAUAUAGUUUUAUUCCUCUAAUUGUUCAUUUGUCUUGCUUAUGAUUUGCUAAUUAUCAGCCAGUUGUACUGUUAUCGCUUGGGCAGGAAGCGGAAAUCAUUAGUCGACAGUGUCAUUUCUUUUCUUCGAGGUCUAUACUUAGCUCAGUGUGAUACUUGGAUGCCGUACUGUAGCUCAGCUUUCAGUAACUGACUGUUACUGAAAGAAAAAAAUAAACAGGCUACAUUUGGAAAUCAAACAGGGAGGGAAAAAUACCUGGAGCAUGCAUGAAAUCUUAUUGUUUUAUGUGGAGAUAUGGCUCAUCUGGUACAAACACAAUCAGCAAGAGGAGCUGUCCAUGGUGCUGAUUCAGCUUCUUCUGCAUGAGUGUAGUGUGUGUAGAGUCUGUUCAGUCACGUGACUCUCAGAGGAGGCGCUAUUUUGCAGGUAGUCUUAAUUUAGAUAAUUUUGCAGUAAUGUGUGUUAUAAUUUUACCCACUUCUAAAUAAAUUUCAGCAGAAGUAUUAAAGUUAUAAUGGAUGUUGAUCCCAUAGAUUGAAUCGUCAGUGUUUACUUAUGAUGCUUCAAAGAGUGGGUUCUUAAUGUUUUAAAUCAGGCAGCAGAUCAAAAAUGUGUUAAAAUUGAGAAGCUAAACACCAUAACAUGCCAAAGCUCUAAUUUAAGACAAAAUAAGGGCAUUACUCUGAACUAGAUGGAAAAACUCAGAGAUCUUAAACUUGAUUACAUCUUCCAGUCCCACAGAGGUGGGUUUUGAAACUUGACCUGAAAUUAUGUCUUCGUGACAUCAUAAUCUAGGCCAAGUUAAAUAAAAAUUUUGAGUGUCACUACAUGCAUAGAAAUGUUUGAUGUCAUAAAGCCGGUUGAUGAAGUGUAGCGCAAAUUCUCCCAGAAGACUUACAAUCAGCUAAUCAUCUUCAGCCACAUGCACAAUCCUAAAUACAUGCCACCAUUAACAAUCGCCGCAAACCAUUCGGACGUAGGCAUGUCCUUUAAAAGCAUCCACGUCUCAUGAAGACUCUCGCUGUUUUUUAUUUUCAGUUUCCCGCCUGGUGCUCCCUCCGCCACCCCACCGCCACCAGUUGGUGCUUGUCUGCCAAUGGGUAUGGACUUCACCCCCUGUCUCCUCCAUCAGCAGGACUCAAUAUCAUCUCGGCUCAUUCCACCACAGCGACGGGGCCUGAGCCCAAACCAGUUCCCCGCCUGACGCUCCCUCCGCCGCCCCACCGCCACCAGUUGGUGCUUGUCUGUCGUUGGGGAGGGACUUCACCCCCUGUCUCCUCCAUCAGCAGGACUCAAUAUCAUCUCGGCUCAUUCCACGACAGCGACGGGGCCUGAGGCCAAACCAAGUUUAUAAUGCUGUACUCGCUUAUAUAAUCAAUCAUUUUUGAGUCAAGAGAUGUGGAUCUGCCUCAGAGUUUGAACAGUUCUUCCAAGUGUUGAGAUACACCUCUUCCUUACAUAUGGUGAAAUCUGUAAUCUACUUUUUGAGUUAUCUUGCAUAUAUAACACACAGAUGACAGGGGCUACCACAUUACACCCACCCUCUUCAGUGGGGUGGCAGAAUUAACUGAAGUUGGUCAACCUAUAUAUGACAGAGGACUUACUCUGAUGCUAUACCACCCACUCCUCAGAUAAUGAUGUUCAAGGGCAGAUUAACGGGGCCAUGGGCCCCUUGCUUAUGCAUGCCUGUGAGCCCCUAAAAAUCACAUUGCAAUCUCAGAAUAGUACUGGCUGCAAACAGUCAUAUCAUUUUAAGUAGUUUUUAGAAAUACAAUUGCGUAAAAAUAAUCAUUUUUUUACAGAAGGACCCCAAAACCUUUUUUUUUUUUUUUUUGCCCCUUGGUAUGGUCCUCUGAGGUUCCUCUGGUCCCAUCAUGUUUGGUUAGCAAACAUUUUUUCUGAACUUUUGCUGAGGACCCCGUGAAGUGGGUCUUGAAAAUGAAUGGAUAUAUUCUGAACAUUUUUAACCUACCAUCCCUGGUUCUCAAGACCAGGCACCAAGUGGCUCUACUCUACUCUUUUCUACUCUCCUAUUUUACUCUUCCUUUUCAGAUAUUUAGAUAUACCCUUGUAUACUGGCAUAGUUCCACCUUAGAAUUGGAAUAUAAUAUAUAAGAUAUACCUUACUGAAUUUUCUUGAAGUUAUUACGAGUGGUGCCUAUUAUGUAACACAAGUUGUAUGUCAAAAAGGACCAUCACUGGAGCAAAACACCGGAGGAGCUCCAUCAGCCAAUCACGACGGACUUCAUCGGCGCACGUUUAGUCCUCUGGACCAAUCAGGACGAGCCGAGCGCUUUGUCACGGCGAAAUCAAAGUUGUGGAGGAGCGCGUGAGUGCGCGCGAGGGGAUGAGUGGCCGCCGGUGGAUCAAAGGAGCGUGACGGCGACGGCGGCAGUGCAGAAAAGCGGAUAAAAGAAGCGCCUGUAUUCUGCCGCGGGACAUUUUCAUGUCCACGCAGGUUUAAUUAAUUACCCCCAGGAGGCUUAUUUUGACGCAAAGGUUCGUACCCGAAAAUUUAAAGCGCUUGUAUCAAACAGACCCCUGCGGACGAAACAUGACUCGAGAGUGAAGAAAAGCUUCAGUGGAUAAGAGCGGCUGUCGCAAUAACCGACAUGACGGAAAUUAAGGAGGAGAACGAACCACAGACCCGGGACCUUCGUCGCCAGCACACCACCAUCCCCACCCCGCACGAAUCCAAGCUGCAGCGGCUGAAGCGCUCCCUGUCAUUGAAAUCAGUCAUGCGCAGCAAGAGUGUGGACAACUUUUUCCAACGCAACAACAGUGAAGCGUACCCUGCCUCAGCACUCAUUACCGCCCCGCCAUCACCUCCCCCCUUGUCUGACUCACCCCUGGCUUAUGAGCGCUCCCCCUCCCUUUCCCCAUCUAUCAGCCCCAACCUUUCUUUGUCAUCACACUCACCGUCAAUCAGCCCGUCUCCAUCUGUGACCUCCAAAACCCAACCAAAGUCUCAGGCCCAACCAGUGCAGCCAGUUAAAACCCACUGUUUCCAGGAGCAUGUCUUCCGCAGGCCUACCACCUGCCACCGAUGCAAACACCCAAUUCAAGGAAACUCUAAGCAGGGUCUGCGUUGUAAAGCCUGUAAAUUGGCGGCUCACCUCUGGUGCUCUUCGGAACUUUCCCAGCAGCCCUGUAUGGGUAAGUCCGGAGCCUUUAAGCGUAACUUCAGCUCUCCUCUGAUACCGAUCGAUGCACUGAGUGUCGUCAGACAAGCUUCUGCUGCACAGGAGGUCGACCAUGGCAAUGUUGACCCCGUGUAUGAAGCACUGCGUUACGGGACAUCGUUGGCUCAGAUGAGUCGUUCCAGCUUUAGCAGCAUCUCAGAGUCCCCCUGUCACGAGGAAGAAAAACAACCAGAGAAACUGGAGACACAGCCUAUAGCUGAAGAGGAACACAUCCCAGGAAUGCUCACCCCUCCUGAAAGUGAGAAGGCUGAUUCAGAAGACAGGACUCCUAAGCGGGUGGAGGUUCACUCCAUCCACACAUAUGUGGCUCUCUACAAGUUCUUGCCUCAAGAAAAGAACGACUUGGAACUACAGCCUGGUGACAGAAUUCAAGUUACAGACGACUCAAAUGAGGACUGGUGGAAGGGGAAAUGCAGGGACAAGGUGGGAUUUUUCCCAGCCAACUUUGUGCAGCGUGUCCGCCCUGGUGAGCAAAUAUGGAAGGUCACUUCUGGCUUCUGUGGUAACCGAGACAAAGGCCAAAUGACUGUGAAACAAGCCCAGAUCUGCGUGGGGAAAAAUGAGGAGAUUGACGGCUUCCUUCGGCUGAGCAGCGGGAAGAAAAGGGGCUUGGUCCCUGUAAAGUGUCUGCUUGAAAUAUGAAGGGACUGGAGCACACAGCUUCAUGUGAACAACGGCAGAGGCAUACUUAGGACCGUGUACCCAACGCGCUACCCACCUCCACCCCUACAAUCAAUGGUUGUCAAUCUAAUUGCUGGAGUGGGCGAUGUUGGCAUGGCUGGGCGCACCACUUGGCUUUUAACACAGAAAGUUUUAACAUUUUAAUAGUUAAAGGACUUUGAGCUACUUUUCUUGUAGCACAAUUUCACACUCAGAUGUAGCAUAAUACUGAUGGUGUGCAGCACGUCUGGCUACCUCACACAUCAUCUCCACCGGUCGUCUGUCCGCUUUAAUCGUGAGGAAAGAAGGAAGAAGCUG